UAUAUAUGUAUAUGUAUAUGUUAUGUUAUUUUUUUUUCUUCAUAAUAUUAUGAAAAUAUGUCACAUUUUCAGAGUAGUAUUUAAUAAAUAUUAUAAAAAAAAAUAAUUUAUGAAAAUUAUUGUUUGUAAUUUGUGUAUAUAAUCGUGUAAACAUAAAGUAUGACGACGUGUCAAAAUGGCCGAUCUUAACAAAGAACUAAAUGAAUAUCUUCUUAGCAGCAAAAACGAGAAACAAUUUAAAAUUACCGUACCUGCGGUGACAAUACCGAAAACAAAUAUUGGAAAAUGGUUUGGAAAAGGUGAAGAAGACAAAGAAGAAACAGGAUGGAUUCAAGGAGCACAAAAGGAAUGUUGUCCUAGUAUGACAAGAAUACAAAGGCUAAUAGCAUUUGUUGUGUGCUUUUCUAUGGGUGUACUUUGCUUCUGUCUAUCAGCGAUUUAUAUUCCGGUUUUAUUAUUAAAAGCAAGAAAGUUUGCACUUUUGUACACCUUAGGAAGUGUUUUCUUCUUAUCAAGUUUUUGCUUCCUUUUGGGUCCAUUGAGUUAUUUAAAAUCAUUAUUUACUGCUGAAAGAAGGUGCUUUAGUAUAUCUUACUUUGCAACUUUGAUAGGAACACUUUAUUGUGCCCUUCAUUUACAAUCUACACCAUUAACAGUACUGUGUGCUGUUUUGCAAUUAAUAGCUAUGAUAUCAUUCUUAGUAAGUCAUAUACCAGGAGGAACAAAAGGUCUAAUGUUUUUUACAAGAAUGUUUAAAUCUUCUGUAAAUUCUACAUUGCCUGUGUGAUAUUACAGUUUCUUAGGUAUUAAAUAUAUGUGAAAUAAAUAUUCUUUGUAUCUUUAAUUAUAAUAUUUUAUAAAAUUCUAUAUAUAAAAUAUAUAUAAUUUCUAUAAACAAAUGGAAGACACAUGUUUUUAUGUGGAUUUGAUAUGUACAAAAGACUGACUUAUUAUAGUAUAUAAUCAAAUAUAAAUUAUAAAUAACGUAACAAUACUAAGACUUUGAGGCUUUUUUGGCCAAAAUAUAUAGUUAAUAAUAAAUUUGUUUAUAUUUUAAAUAAUUAAUAAGAAUAAAAACAUUUUUGUUUUAAAAAAUAAAAAAUUAAAAUUGCUAUAAUUGAGUUAUAUCAAAAAUGCAGUUUUUGUAUAUAUUUAUAUAUAAUGAUAUUGUAUGAUAUUAUAAUUUAAUGAAAUAAAAAUUGUAUUUAUAUAUUCAAUAUUUAUUAACAUGUACAAUAAAAAAUUCUUUAAUU